AACGCUAGCUUAUUGGACGAUAGCUUCCAAUUUAAGCGGUGGACUCUGAUGCCAAGACGAAAAAAUAUUUUGGUUGCUGACAGAAAAAUGUCUUCAUUUCAGUUCAGUUUGAGACGGUUUAUCACUGAGAGACUAGCUGCUGUUGCUGAUGAAAUCUCCUCAGAAGUUGAAAAAAGGAUCCUCCAGUAUCAGAAGGAGAUCAGUAGUCACCAACUGCUGAAGGUUACCCGGAAACCAGAGAUAAGAGGACACAUAAUAGAUCUCACACAGCAUGACAGUAAGGAAGAGGAGAAUCUGGGUUUCCAGCAGCUUCGUGACCAGAAGGGAAACUCCAGUCGACACCAGGAGGACCCAGAGCCUCCACAGAUUAUACAGGAUAAGGAAGAACUCUGCACCAAUCAGGAGAGAGAGCAGCCUGUGCUGAAGCAGGACAAAGGCAUCGUCGUCUGGACUGAGGAAUGGCAGUUAAGAUUGCUGGAAAACAUCUGGAAACCUGAACUCAACUUACACAGAACAGACCCCCCACAAGAGCGUGUCUGUAAGGAAAAGAUGGGCCCACAUGUACAACAGCUCUGUAACCAUGAAUUGAGGUCCAGUCUGUACCAGGAGAAACCAAAACGGCCACAAAUUAAAAAGAAACAGAAAGAACUUUGCACCGGUCAGGAGGGAGAGCGCUUUGCAGUGAGGCAGCCAACUUCUACCUUUAUGGUGACUCCUACUUACAAAGAACGCGAUCGCAGAGAUGAAGAGCAAAACUGUGACCAGGCCCUGUCUGGAAAACCUCCCGAACCAGAGAGCCGAAAAAAGAAAAAAAGCAAGUCUGUGGGCUCGGCAUCAUCUCUAAAUGCUCAGCUGAAGAAAAGAAAACGUGACGGAAACAGAAGUCAGAGCAGCAGAGUGGAAAAUGCUCCUAUGUCAGAGAGUCAGAGUAAAGCUGAUGCGAGUGAAAAGUCUGCAAAAUGUGCUGUGGAAAAGCUUUUUGGUGUGAAGCUAAACUGAUAAUACAUCAGUGAGUCUACUCUGGUGAGAAGCAUUGUUGAUGCAGCACCUGUGGAAGAGAAUUCAGUAAAGAGUUCAAACUUGAACUUGAAAAGACACACGAGAGCUCACAAAGAGGAGCAGUGAUAUGUUUGUAGCACCUGCGGGGAAGAGGUGAGAGGGCGGGUCAGAUGUGAAACACCCAAUGGAAAACAUGACCCCAUUUUCAGGUCAUUAUGAUAUCUUGUCCAUCCAGAUCAUUUGUUUUUUAUUCCAUUUAUUUCAUUCCACAAUUUCGUUCUGCUGCCUAUUAGUCUUAUUUGUUCUUAAAAGUUGUUCCAGUCUGUAUCAUAGUUCCUGUUUACCUGUCCCAGCUGCAGUGCUUUAAUUAAUGAGUGCAGCUCCAGCUUCAAAAUACAUGAAAAAUAUAGCAAUAUUGAACUUUUAAUGUGUUUCUAAGCCUUUUGCUAAUCAAAUCAGUUAUUAAUAUUUAAUUUAAUGCCAUUAGCAUACUUGUUUGGCCUCCUGUCUGAAUAUCUGUAAUCUGCAUUAGUUUAAUGUUUGCACCUUCAGGCAUGCAUUCAAGUAGUGUAUGUCAACAUGGACUUUCACAGAGAGACAGACAGUAUGUAAAGGAUGUUUCUUUGAAUUUCAAAUAAAUGUGAUUUCAUUUAUGAUACUCUUAAUAAAGGAAACCUGUUU